AUGUCAAGGGUAACUUUCAACGAUAAAUUAAAAGUGAUCGACGAAACGGGAAGUGAAAACAAAAAAUACCUACGCCAAGAAAAGAAACAUCUACAACAACAACUAAACAUCAUCUUGGGCUUACAUCGUGAAACACGAUCGAAAUCAAAACAAACCCAACAAAUUAAUUGGGGAACUAAAAAAGAAAUAGAAGAAAGACUAAAGCAAAUCGAAAAAGAACUGUCAAAACCCGAAAAGGGCCCAAGAUCAAGACUAAACCAAUUCACGUCGAGAGUGCUUAAUACAAAUCGAACUCGGGACGAAAACCCAGGUGAAAAUACGAGUGAAAACUCAAUCGAAAGCUUAGAUAACAACACUGACAUAUCAACACGGGAAAUGGCGGAAUCAAAUCGCACACAAACAGGCGUCCCUCAACAAUUCGUCGGCAACCCAAAUGAUCAAACACUAAUAAAUCGUCAAUUUACACCACCCGGUGCCCCUAACCAAUCUAUCGGUAACCCAAACGACCAAAAUCCAACAAGUCGUCAAUUCACACCACCGGGUGUUCCUCACCAAUCAAUGUCUACAUUGAAAACAAACAUGGACGAUAAUAACACACCACAUAACCAAACAUUCUCGGAGCAACCACCGACAUUCGGAUCGCAUGAAAAAGUACAUCGUGAAUUCACCGAACAUGGAAACGAAUGGGGGGGAGCAAAACGCAAAACUCAAACAAACAACAAUAACAACACCGAAUUACACUUCGAACAAAAACCAAACAACGGAAUUAACGAAUUCGAGUUAAAACACAACUUGAAUCACAAGCGCGAACACGAAGACAUCGAAGAGCAAAAACGUCGAGCUUACGAACAACACGAAAUAAACGAACGAGCUCGCCAAUACAAAGAAUGGGUCCGUGAACAACGCGAACAACGUGAACUCCACGACAGAGCAAGUAGAGAACGCGAAGAGAGAUUCAGGAUGCAAAUGCACCAAAUGGAAGAACAGGCUCGACUAAUGAAAGAAGAAUUGACAAGAACGAAAGAAAGAGAAAACAUGCUAAGAGAUAGCCUCAACGAUUUCCAACGCCAAAGAUGUAUGGGUCCACCUGAUAUACGGCAUGCCCAUGAAAGAAAUCAGGCUGGAAACACAGCGGAAAUGAAUAUCGGUGGAAAUGAUCCACGGGGAAACUGGUUUGAUCCGUCAAGACAACAAGUCGAAUCACAAAUCGGGGAUCAAUCACAAAACAUGAUGAUGCAAUUACUCAUACAAAUGGGACGAUUGCAAGAACAAAUGGCCAAUACGCAAAUAACCAACUCGCAAAUGGCUAGUUCACGAAAUGAUAACAGAAACAACAGAAACUCCUCAAAUGGCGCACGAGACACAUUCGUUCGAAAAUUGCGACAAAUGCCGAAUUUUUCGGGCGAAAGCCUACAAAAGCUAAAAGAUUUCAUUCAAAUCGGCGACCUAUUCAUGGAGGAAUGUUUGAACGAAACCGAAAGGGACGAAUUCUACUUUCAGGUAAAAUACAAUCUCCGUGGUGAAGCGCGUGAUAUAUUACAACACGUCCAAAAUGACUGGUACGAAAUACGCAACGCAUUAAAAGAGCGUUUCACACAUUUGGCUGACCGAGACAUCAUCAACAGCAAACUAGAAAAUUUGCAUCAAGAACGCAAAGAGACACUCCAACAAUUUGCCGAAAGAGCAAGGAAAACACUGAUGGAAAAAAAUAGCUCAUACGACAACAUCUCUGAAGAACAGAGAGAAGAUCAUAACAGAACGGCCCGAAGAGCAUUCAUAAAGGGCAUACAAGAAAAGAAAAUCAGAGAUCGAAUGUCAAUCAGAGGAGCCAGUUCGUUGGAAAGUGCAAUAUCAUCAGCGCUUGAAAUGGAAAACGAAACAAGAUAUGACGUACCAGAAAAAGAAAUGUAUUGCUUGAACUGCAACAGAAGCGGUCACCGCGAACGCGACUGCAGACAACACGAACGAUCAAAAGACAUCGCAGGCCAAAUCGCGAAGGCUCUUGGAAUAAAGAGCAGCAACAAAAACUACAACAACGGCCAAUACAAAAACUUCAAAGAGAGAAAAAGUGUCGAUUAUAGUGGAAACACCUACAAGAAUUCCGAAACAAACAAUCAACAUGGUAACAACGAUAACCGCAACGGAAACGGAAACAGGAACGGCGGUUACAAUAAUAACGGUGGAAACCGACAGAGCGGCAAAACCAACGGCCAGCAACAAAACGUUUUCGUCAACGAAGAGGGAAGCGGAUCCAGCCAAGACGAGGAUGACUCAUCAACAUCAUCAGCAUCAUCGGCAUCAUCGGUAUCAUCCGAAAAAUCGGAAAACUAG